AUGUCGAAAGUACCAGCUAUCUAUCAAUUGGGUCAUUUACCCAUCAAAGACCACGUUUUUUCCCCAGAUAGAACAAUUCUCGCGGUGACCAAGGAGAAUGAAGUUGAGGUUUACAAGAUCAAUCCAUCCCACCUUGACUCUAAGCCUCAACUUAUUGCCAAUCUUAGAGACCACGACAAGACGGUGACUUCAGUUGACAUUUCACCAGACGGGUCUCGUAUUCUUACUUGUUCUCAAGAUAGAAAUGCUUUAGUUUGGGAAUAUCGUGAUGGCGAAUUUAAACCAACACUUGUUCUUCUCCGUAUCAAUAGAGCUGCCACAGUGUGUCGCUGGUCACCGGACGGACAGAAAUUUGCUGUUGGAUCCAGUGAUAGAAUUAUUGCUGUUUGCUACUACGAGGAAGAAAAUGACUGGUGGAUCUCAAAGCAUUUGAAAAAGCCAAUCAAGUCGACUAUCACCACUUUGGAUUGGCAUCCAAAUGGUGUGUUAUUAGCCUGCGGCUCAACCGAUGGUCAUGUGCGUGUGUUUAGUGGAUACAUCAAGGGAAUUGAUGCUAAGCCCGAGCCAAGUGUGUGGGGUUCGAAACUACCAUUUCAGACUCUUUGUGGCGACUUUACCAAUGAGACGUUGGCAUGGAUUCACGGAGUGAAAUUCAGUCCUGAUGGAAAUGCUUUGGCGUGGGUGUCACACGAUUCAUCAAUUGGUGUUGUUUAUCCCGAUGGUGAAGGGUUGCCUCCUAGAUCCAUUUUGAAUGUCAAGACGGAUUAUUUACCGUUCAAGUCCAUAGUGUGGACCUCCGACGACUCUGUUGUUGUGGGUGGUUUCAAUUGCAACUUGGUUGUCUUUAAGGGGAAUGAGUCUAGUUGGCAAGAGGCUUACAAGAUUGAAGAGCAAAAGGACUUGACAAAAGAUACACCAAGAAACCGCGAUGGCGAUAAUGAUGAUGAUGAAGACGAAGAUAGUCCUGAGAUAUCCUCGCACCAAGCAUUAAACAUGUUUAAGCAAAUGGAUUUGAAAGGAAGGGUCAACAAGCCGGGUGCAGGAAGCAGCGGUAAAUCCGCUAAAGCAUUGAGCACAAUACAUCAAAAUACAAUAGCCAGUAUAAGAAAUUUCGCUCCUGGAAAAGUCUCCACCUCAGGUAUCGAUGGUAAAGUGGUGAUUUUCAAUGUUUGA